AUGAGUAAAACAAACUCAUUUUUACCGGCGGUCAGGGGAGGGCGAAUUUCCUCUGUAUCAAGAAUCGGCGCUCUUGGGUGGCAGAAACAAAGCUACAGCACGAGCGAUUUCAUGUGGAAAAAUCCAUCAUUGACAAAAAGCCGGCACAUGGAAAGAAGGAAAAGAAAUUUGGGAGAGCCGCGAAACAAUCAGGAAUUAUUUCUAGGUUAUAAAAUUUGCACAUCUGAAAUAGGUGAGAACGAGAAAAGGAAUGAAGCAAUCGAUAUCAACUCGUUUGUAAUGAACUACGUACACAACAGGCAGUCCCAACUAGCCCUUGUGAAGUCAGUAUCCAAACACAACGGCAGAUCACCGGAAUGUUUGUUUAUGAAAAAGGAGCCGAAAAAGAUUUGCUUGCCGUCUCUGAAAUUUACCGAAGAAGUAAUCAGCUGCCGUGGCGAUCCAUCUUUAUCGUCAUACUUUUCAACCGACAUGAAGAACAUUUACGCGCUUGGUGACAUCUCCAUUAACAAGGAAAGUAAAAAUAAAGAGAGACGCAAAGCUAAGAAAAAACACGCCCUGCCUCAAAAACACGGUCUCUAUAUGCCAAGUGGAAAUAAAGAGCCAGCGUUUCGAUUAAAACCUAAAUAUUAUUGGAGAAAGAAACAGGGUGAAAAUGACCUCAACGAAGAUUUGCCUGACAAAUCGACCCAUCUGUGGGAAAAAUACGUACUGGGUUUGAUCAGCAGGCAAACUGCGCAGUGGAUCGCAAAUCAGUGUUCUACGGGAGAGCAGCGAAGCAGACUUAUCAAUUUUCUCGAUGAAAAAUACAGAAUUGAAGAUGUGGAGAAGGAUGGCGCAGCGACGGUGUAUAAAAUUUUGUCCAUUAAUGACGAUGCCGUAUCACCAAUCAGGAAAGAUAAA